ACACACACACACACACACACACACACACACACACACACACACACACACACACACACACUGGCCUUUUCAGUGAGAGGGAGGAGAGAAACACAAACAGCUUUUUAUUCAGGAACAAGCUCUCUGAGGCUCCGACAAACUAUCUGCAGCCACCCUGUGAACACACACUUCUCUCUGACGGACUUCACACUCCGAUCCUCAGAAUCUCUUUGGGUUUAAAUCCUACCGGAGCUUCUCUGGACUGUUUUCAGCACCGGAACCAGGCUUUUCUCUCAGGCUCUGGGAUUUCCUGGUGAUGACCUCCCUGCUGUUUCCUGGUGACACUCACACUGCAAUGAAGGAUCUCUCCUCUUCCUCCUCGCCUCUCACCUCCCUACUUCACUACCCUUCUUCCAAGCCCUCCGUCGUGCCCUUUUCAUCAUCGGCUGGUUCCACCUCAAUGCCUGGAGUUUCAUUGUCAUCUGCGCCAAUCUCCAAACCUCAGCCGUUCUGCCUGCAGACGGGACCGCACCUCAUUGCCAGCAUGCAGCUGCAAAAGCUCAACUCUCACUACCAGAACCUUGCCGGCGCCUCUGCUGGGCACCCAGCAGCCGGCGCACCUCAAAAGAGCUUCUCACCUCUGGGUACGGGUAACCAGCUGCUGGGGCCGCCUGGAGGCCACGGAGCCGGGAACAUGGGUGUUGGUAUCAGCAUGGUGAGCCAAGGCUCUGGCCCCAGCGGGAUUAUUGACUUUGACCCUGUGGAUGAGGAGGUUCUCAUGUCUCUGGUGGUUGAGCUGGGUUUGGACCGAGCUAACGAGCUACCAGAGCUCUGGCUGGGACAGAACGAGUUUGAUUUCAUGUCGGAUGUGUCGGCUGGAUGCUGACCUCUCACCCCCCCCCAAAAAAAAAAAACGGAUCAGAAACAUCCAGAUGGAGUUAAUCAACAAGGAGAAAUGGUUUCUCUUAUUGCUUUUUUUUCUUUGGUUGAUGCUGAGAAAGCCAAAGUGAUCCAGAGAUUUGAGGCAUAUUCUUGUUUCUGAUUUGCUUUACACUCCAAACAUGGACAGGAAGGUUCACAGAAAGGACAGCUUGCUUCUUCUUUUUGUUGGUUUUCAUGUAUUCUGUCUUUGCAGUGAUCAAACCAGUUAUGGCAUCACUCUUUUGUUUCCUUGAAAAGACAUAAAUAGGGAAGAAUUAGCAGUUUGUUCCAUCAGUCCUCCGUCCUCCGUCGCUCCAGUGCUGAGGCUUAAUGAAAACACGUUGAGUGAUGUACGGAGGGCUGAGUGAGACAUUUGAGCCAACCUGAAGCGAAACUCUACAGACGAGUAAGGAGCACCUGUUGGACUUGGAUUCCCUCUUUUCUCAGAGCUGUCUUCUGUUGAUCAAUCAGGAAAGGAAAAAGAAAAUCUGAACCGCGACCUAAGGAGAGCACAUGAAAUAGGAUGACAAACACUUCCUGUUUUCUUAGCAGACACUAUUAGCCUCGGGUCUCAUGGGAAACAGCCUUCUGUCUUCCGGCUUUACAAAGAUCUGAUUGUCAGAGAACUGGUUAUCUUACUUCUCUCUUUCUUUUUUUUUUGGUUGAAUUUAGUUUGACCAGUUGUGUUCGUGUUACCUAAGCCAGUGGCUGAUAUCUAUCAGGAGUCUGGCACAAGGAGCGCUUCUAUGGCCGCUUCUACUUUUCUGAGAAUAUUGAAUUAGGUUGAGGAAAGUGGAAUCCUAUAGGGCAUGUCACAUGGACGCGGUACGUUGUCUGGAGUAAAAUGACUGAAGUAUUUGGAUCACACUAGUUGUGACUAAAUGUACAUGUUCUUAUGAGCUGACACGUGCCAAAACUGACAUCAGUGAUCGUGGAUGGCUUCCCUUCCAAUGACGAUGGAGAUCUGCUAGCAUUUAUUGACUAAAGGUGUGUUUCCAUUACGUAACCAAGAACCUUAACUCUAGUAACAAUUUACAGUAUUUUGCCUCAUGGCUGAUGGUCACUGGGAACGUUGGGGAUCCUCAACCAGUAAGAAGGAAGCACCAAACAGAAUGUUCCAGAUGUUUUCUAAAGCACUACCUCCCUACCCAGGGCUGUUAUUUUGGUUAAACUGGGUUAAAUUUUUUCCCUGCUCAUACAUUUUAAUUAUGGCUACCCAGGUUCCUGCAAAAUGUUCCUGAAGUGGUAACACGCCUCAAAAGUUUUUUUUUCUGCUCUGUCACUGAAAUAUUAAUCUUCAAACCAUUAGUAAUCAGCCCAGAUUGACCUAAUUAUCAGUGCCUGUUCUGUAGAUGAAGUGUUUUGCUUUGUCAUAACAUGACCUGUAGGCUUCUGUUUGCUCACCUUUGACCCAAAAGCACACACUGUGGAGUCAACUUGCAGGUCGUACUAAAAUCAGAUAAAAAUAAAGUGUUUAUAAACUGUUGAACGCUAGUAGUUCUUUGUUGCUAGGAUGCAAGAUACAGCAGCUUCUGGCCAUUCCUGUGGGUUGAUAUUGGCUUAAAGUGACCGUGUGUAUUUUUUCUGGCAAUAAAGGGCAGUAGAUACAUCA